AUCCUGAAUUUCCCGGUAACCAAACAGAUCUUUAACAUCCUCCUUCCAUCGUCCAAAAAUUCAAAUGCUUUUAAGACCCAACCGCUCUGUCAAGUCUCACUCUAGUAAAUGUUGAAUGGUUCAACUGCUGUGGAAAAAUGGCAGCACAAACCAAACUCUCAUCGCCCUCCUUGAAAAUUGCCGAUCAAUGUCUGAAUUCAAGCAAAUUCAGGCUUUCUUCAUCACCUCUGGCCUCUCCCAACAUCACCCUUUUGCCUCAAGGCUCCUAUCUUUCUCUGCAAUUUCCAGUUGGGGCGAUAUCGAUCACUCGUAUCGCAUUUUUCUGCAAAUUCCCAGCCCAACAAUCUCCAACUGGAACAGCAUCAUAAGGGGUUUCUCCAAAGGCAAAAACCCAAAUCCAUCUGUCUCAGUAUUUGUCAAAAUGCUGCGGUUUGGGGUCUGCCCCGACCACCUAACAUACCCCUUUGUUGCAAAGGCAAUCGCGCGUCUGUCAGAGCUCCGGCUCGCAUUGGCGGUGCAUUGCCGCAUUGCGAAAGAGGGCUUGUGGUUUGAUAGGUUUAUUGCGAAUUCUUUGAUCCAUAUGUAUGGUUCUUGUGGCGAUAUCGGAUCUGCCCGUAAGGUGUUUGAUGAAAUGCUUAUGAGAAACUCGGUUUCUUGGAAUGCAAUGCUGGAUGGGUAUGCCAAGUGUGGGGACUUGGACUCGGCCCGCCAAGUGUUUGAGUUGAUGCCGGAUAGAGAUGUCGUGUCGUGGAGUUCGAUGAUUGAUGGUUGUGUCAAGGGUGGUGAGUAUGGCGUGGCUCUGGCCAUUUUUGAGAGAAUGCGGGUGCUGGGGCCUAAGGCGAAUGAGGUGACAAUGGUGAGCGUUUUGUGUGCUUGUGCCCACUUGGGGGCGCUCGAGCAAGGGAGGGCGAUGCAUCAGUACAUGGUGGAUAAUACAAUGCGGUUUACUUUAGUGUUGAGGACGUCGCUUAUGGACAUGUACGCCAAAUGUGGGGCGAUAGAGGAGGCUAUUGCUGUGUUUCGUGGGGUUCCAAUGGAUCAAACCGAUGUUUUGAUGUGGAACACCAUCAUUGGAGGGCUCGCAACACAUGGACUAGUUCGUGAGUCACUUGAGUUGUUCAAGGAAAUGCAAGUUCUAGGAAUUGUUCCUGACGAGAUCACAUACUUGUGCUUGUUGAGCGCUUGUGCUCAUGGGGGUUUAGUACAUGAAGCUUGGCAUUUCUUCAAGUCCCUUGGGAAACAAGGCAUGGUGCCCAAGAGUGAGCACUAUGCCUGCAUGGUGGAUGUUCUAUCACGCGCAGGCCAAUUAGCAGAGGCAUACGAUUUCAUAGCUCAAAUGCCAAUGGAACCAACCGCUUCAAUGCUAGGUGCUCUGCUUAACGGGUGUAUGAACCAUAGAAGAUUCGACCUUGCAGAAAGAGUUGGGAGAAAGCUUAUAGAAUUGGAGCCUGAUCAUGAUGGUAGGUACAUUGGUUUAUCAAACGUUUAUGCAGGCGUGAAGCUCUGGGACAAUGCGAGAAUGAUGAGGGAAGCCAUGGAGAGGAGAGGGGUGAAGAAAUCACCCGGGUUUAGUUUUGUGGAAGUGUUGGGAACUCUUCAUAGAUUCAUAGCUCAUGAUAAAACACAUAACGAUUCAGAGAAAAUUUAUAUGAUGCUGAACACCAUUGUGAGGCAAAUGAUGGUUGAUGUUGAUUUUGAAACUCAAGAACGUGGUUUCUAUGAUAUAGAAGUCUGAAUUGAUCUGAGAUGGAUUGUUUGUAUGGUAACUCAUGAGUGAUUGUAAAUGGGAGAGCUGUGAUUCAGGAUUUAUGGCACAUUUUCUUGUGGCUUCAAGAAUCAAGCCAAUGUUUGCUUCUCAAGAAAAGAGUAGCCCCUUUUGCCAAGGCCCUCCUCUCAUUUGAAAUAUAUUUUUAUUUGUCUUUAAUUUAAGACAAUUAAAGUGGAAGUGAUGAUGAAGUUUCAUUA